AACAGAUUAGGGACAAUUGCCUGACUUUAGGCUAUCCAGCUACGUUGCCGCUCUCGGUCUCCCUCUGCGAUGGUGCUUUCCUCGUCUGAUUUGGCCGUGAGGGCCCUGUGUAUGGUGAGUUGUGUGGUGUCUGCGGUCACCACGUCGGUCACCGUAUCGCAUGGCGUGGCUGCGGGUUUGACAGCCGAGGGCGAUGACAAGACCUGGACCGUCGCCCACAACAAAUACCGCUGUCUGUAAGAUCACACAAGUAGACCAAGCAUUCAUGGCCGGAGCUGUGCGUUCUUGCUCCAAAUUUGCAGCCAUGGCGGCCCUUAUUUAACAUGGAACCAGUGGGUGGCCGACUCAGGUAAACACAUUUCUCUGCAUGGUGUUUCAAUCUGCGGAUCGUUCGACGUGCAGCACAAGAAUGGUCCAACAAGCUGAAGUCGAAGGAGGUGUCUGGGCAUUCUAAGUCAUACAAGCUUGAACCCCCUCAGGGGCCGGCAGGUGGGUAGACGACACAGCAGUGUGUGUCCACCGGGCAGGCAGACAAGCCUGCAGUGUCUCGAUCUCCCCCUUGCACGCUGCGCCUGUGUCAUUUACGUGUAGGGGAGAACCUGGCAUGGGGAUAUGGAAAUGCGGAGCUUGCCACUCACGGCUGGUACAAGGAAUACGACAUGUGGCUCAACACGUCGCAGGACAGCUUCAGCUCUGGCACCGGGUGGGUGGGUGGGUGGGCGAUCCACUCGGAUGCUCCCUGCCAGGAAAUGGUCACGUGUGCACUGCACGUUAUUGUUUGUCUCUUUCUUUUCUCCCUUUAGCCACUUCACUGGUAGGUGAGGUCGCUUAUCCGUCGAUUUUCUGUAGUCUGACUCUCUCGCCGUGGCAGCGAUGGUAUGGAAGGGUGUGCGGCAGCUGGGCUGCGGCACAGCUGAGAAGACAUACACCUGCAGAUACAAAGCCAGGGACCAGACGGUAGGCGCUCAUGGAUGGCAGACAGCCAAUCCACCCACAUAUCCGCAUACACUGCCCUUGUCUUAUGAGCUGACUGCAUGUCUGAUGCUCUCUUCUCAAGGGCGGGGACACGCCAAACAUGGGUGAGUAUGUGUGCGUCUGCGGGAGCGAGGCACCAGGACAAGGGACCAUUGUUUGGCUUCAUGAGUUCAGGGGGGAACUUCGCCACCCAGGUGCCGCAACGAGGCAGUAAAUCGGAAGAGGAGUGCGAAGAGGAAGCUGAAUACAUGUGGUGUAAGUGUUCUUGUCUGCAUUUCUGCACACACGCCCAGGGAGGUACCAGAGGCAGCAUAACCAUGCAUGUGUCUCCCCGUCUCUGUCUGCCUGUGAUGGCGUCUCACCUCACUCAGACCUCGUCAGCAACUACACCACACUGAUAAGGGGUCUCAGCCCGACGCCUCUGGCUGCCUACCUCACUGCUACGCAAAUGUAGGAACAAAGGUACUGCACGACGACACGCGGUGGAUGUGUGUGUGUGUUGUGUGCUUGUUGUGUGUUGCGCCAUCUCUGCCACAGGGACGACCAGUACACGAAUAACACGACUCAGUGCGACCUCACGCCUCAGAAGAUGACAUGUACUGCGCCCGAGCAGCCCAUCACCGCAGAGGACUUUGGGCUUUUCGUGGCCACACUCGGAAUAUCACAAGGAGAUGGGGUGAGUAAGCCCACGAGACAUGGGUAUCGUCUGACUGUCUGUUUGUCUGACUGUCUGUUUGUUUGUCUGUCUGUCUGUGGGUGGGCUACUUGAUACUCAUGCAGGCGAAACUGCUGGCGAUGCUGGACAGAGACGAGGAUGGCGACAUUUCCUACGAGGAAUUCGCUUUUGUCGCAGACGGUCAGCCGAGACACACACAAUCGCGGCAUGUAUGUGUGUGUGUGUAUGGCUCUGUCAAUGCGUGCAGAUGGCCUUGGAGGGUGGGCGGAGGUUGAUGAUUGGGUGGACACACUGAGCAGCUCCGUCACCGGUGCGCCGCAUGGUUUCCUCUCUGCCGCGGUUGCUCUGGUCAUGGCAUGGCUGUGGAUGAGCUAGACUGACCGAUCGAUGCGAGAGAGAGCGCGAUGAGUGAGAUUGCCGGUUUGAUAACUGAUUUGGUCUUCAUUGUUCUCCGG